UUCUCUGCAGUAUGAGCUUCCACGACCCCGAGGGCUACAUCGACUCCACAGACUACCCCCCGCUGCCCCUGCACAGCUACCUGGAGUGCACCUACAACGUCACCGUCUACACGGGCUACGGCGUCGAGCUCCAGGUGAAGAGCGUGAACCUGUCGGACGGGGAAGUGCUCUCCAUCCGUGGGGUGGACGGCGAUGCCUUGGUGGUCCUGGCCAACCAGACCCUGCUGGUGGAGGGCCAGGUGAUCCGCAGCCCCACCAACACCAUCUCCGUCUACUUCCGUACCUUCCAGGAUGAGGUGGUGGGGACCUUCCAGCUCCACUACCAGGUGUUUAUGCUGAGCUGCAGCUUUCCACGAAGACCUGACUUCGGAGACGUCACCGUGAUGGAUUUGCACUCGGGUGGAAUUGCUCAUUUUCACUGUCACCUGGGCUACGAGCUGCAGGGUCCCAGGGUCCUUACGUGCAUCAAUGCAUCGAGGCCGCACUGGAGCAGCCCCGAGCCAAUCUGCUCAGCACCCUGGGGCGGGACGAUCCACAAUGCCACCAUCGGCCGCGUCCUCUCGCCCAGCUACACGGGGAACCAGUCGAGCAGCAUGUACUGCGUGUGGGCAAUCGGGGCUCCCCUGGGCCAGAAGCUACACCUACACUUCGAGAAACUCCUGCUGACCGAGAAGGACAGGAUGGUGGUGUACAGCGGGGACACGAACCAGUCCGCCAUCCUCUACGACUCGCUGCGUGCCGACAGCGUGCCCUUCGAAGGGGUCAUCAGCGACGGCUCCUCCAUCAGAAUCGACUUUCUUGCGGAGGAGCCCGCGGCCGCCACGGCUUUCAACAUACGCUUCGAAGCCUUCGAGCGGGGUCACUGCUACGAGCCCUACAUCCAGAACGGGAACUUCACCACCUCUGAUCCCACCUACAACCUGGGCACCACCGUGGAGUUCACGUGUGACCCCGGGCAUUCCCUGGAGCAGGGCCCUGCUGUCAUCGAGUGCGUCAACAUGCGGGACCCGUACUGGAAUGACACGGAGCCGCUGUGCCGAGCCACGUGUGGGGGGGAGCUGACUGCUGUGGCCGGGGUGAUCCUGUCCCCCAACUGGCCAGAGCCCUAUGCGGAGGGGGAGGACUGCAUCUGGAGGGUCCACGUCGGCGAGGAGAAGCGGCUCUUCCUGGACAUCCAGCUGUGA